AUGGAUGUCGUUUAUGUGCGAUGGCAUGCAGCGGGGCACCAAAAGGUAGCAGAGGCGGUAGCAGAGAGAGCAACUAUAUCAGAGGCAGUGGCUGUAUCAGAGAUAGCUGCUGUAUCAGCUAUGACAGCUAUCUCAAAUACAGCAGCUACAUCAGAUACUGCAGCUAUAUCAGCUACCAAGCGGACGUGGAAGGUGACAAUACAGACAAACAACACAGCUAUCACCACCACCAUCGCAGACCCUUUCCCCGAACCAGAGUACAAUGUAUUUGAAGACUAUCUUCGGAAUUCGGACCGGCAGCACUGGAGUUUGCAGGAGCUUGAAGACGGCACGGACGAUAUGUCACGUGCGGAAGAUCAGAUGAAAACUUAUGGGCAAAUGUUGCUUGACCAGAUAGGCCUCUUGAAGCCCGGAAUGCUGCGUGAGGGCGUUGCUGAAGUGCAGCUUGUCAUUGCCGAGCAUCAUGACGCCUCAUCCGAGCAAGUGCCUGGCAUCCACUGCCUCGCAUGGGAACUUCUCGAAUUUGCCAGAUUUCCCCUGCCCGGCUUGCGUUUGAGGGUGACAAGAGUGAGCGACUUUACUAGCCGGCCACCUCUACCUCGGCCUCUAGGGCCGCCGCGAUCGCUAUCGAGCGUGCAAGCCAGCGUGAACGGGGUCUUCCACGUACUUCUGGUGAUUGCCCGGGAUUUUAGCCGCAGGGGUGCUGCUCGUGACCCUGAGCCGGAUCUUGCGCAGUGGCCGCUGAUGAGUGCGCAGAAGAAGCUGAAGAGCCGGCUGCUGCUGGAAGUGGUGCGGCCGGGCAGCAUAGAGGAGCUGGAUGAGCAUCUGAGGGUGAGGGCAGGGCACGGAGUGCUCUUCAAUCUGGUGCACUUUGACCUCCACGGAAGGAUUACGCGUGACGAGCAUGGCAAACAAGUCCCCGGACUUUUAUUUGCCAAAGGCUAUCAGGCAUCCAGCCCGCACCGAAACCCAGUGCCGCCAACGCAGCUCGCCAGAGCAGCCGAUGUUGCCAAAGUGCUGGCGGAACAUCGUGUUGAAAACGUGGUUCUUAAUGCGUGCCUCUCAGCAUACAACCGAACGGGGUCGACAACGAAUCUAGCCCAUAUCUUCCUUGAGCACGGCAUUCUCAAUGUGUCGGCCAUGUGGUUCUAUGUGCACUGGAAAACUGUGACGACCUAUCUCGAGACAUUCUACAACGAGCUUCUCAUCAAGGGCACAGAUUUCCACCUAGCCGCGCAGAAAGGCCGAGAUGCCAUCCGGAAGAACCCCACGUGCAGGACGGGCAAGGCGUAUAAAGACUACUUUCUGUGUGUCAACUACACAAGAAGCUUUAGCAUGCCGGGUGCGAUUCAAAGGGAGCUAAGCCCGACGCCGUCCAUGCACUCGGCAGAUUCGUCGACGUCCAACGCAUCGAUGAAGAGCUUCAUGAGCGGAAAGUGGCGAAAGUCGCCUCGUCUCAGUGACAGCUUUCUUGUUGCAGACGAGCCCAUCAUGCAUUUGGAGCUCCACCUGCUGGAGCUGGAAUACAAGCUCAUGACCUCUCGGGUUGUGUAUGCGAGCGACCUACGCAAGGCCUCGAACUCGGACCUAAAUGUGACCAUUGAGAGGAUGGUGAGCAUGUGGCUAAACACAAACCUGAUUGACGAAGUGUUCUAUUAUAAGGCCAAAGAUUUUGCCAAAUCCAGGUUUCUGACGGUUUCACACCGAGAGAAGCGAACGCGGGCAUCCAACGGAGGCUAUCUGCAGCUGCUCUUCCCACGGCCGGUGCGGGCUCUCCGGCAAACGCUGCACAUCAUCCGGGAUGUGGACCCGGUGGUGGACCCCGGCACGCAGGCCGAUCCGCUGGAGAACCAGCGGAACGAGGAACGGCGCGCCUCGGUAGAAAAGGGCCUGGAGCAGUUCGCGGAGAGGCUGCACAAAGAGGGGCACAGCUAUAUGCUGUUCAUUGGCGGCCGAGAUGCGGCGUGGUGGCGUGAGCAUCUACAACACCUGAGCGGCGAGUGGUGGUUGAACAUGGCGUGGAAGUAUACGGUGCAUAGCCGAUAUGUAAGGGAUGUGACGCUGCUGGCGGGAAAUCGAAGGCCGAUCUCACGAACUAUGCAGUGA